AUGGAAGAGCCAUUCGAACUCGAAGGUUGGUUAGGUAUCAUCCACGGUGCCAACUAUCGUAUUGAUUUUUCUUUACCGGAAGAGUUUGAUGAAUCAUUUAAAUUAUUAAUUCGUGAAAUAAAGCAUACCGAAGAUCAAUUAAGCAUCAAUCCUCGUAGUACUUCUCCUGGUGUUUCAAUGUCUUCUCCAACGAGCAGAAGACUGGCUCCUACACCAAUAACAGUUCCAUCUAACACUUAUCUGACAUUGCAUGCUCGUCUCGAUGCCAUUAUUCGUGAUUACAAAGAUUCAAUCGAAAAUAAACCUCGUCAUGUGAGCAAAGAUCAACGGAAAGAACUUGAGAAACUUAUCAGUCAACUUCGUCAGCAAUUAAUUCAUGAUGCAUCAUUAAUUUUACCAAACAGUCGUACAUACAAUAAUGAUCAUGAACUGUUGCAACAUCUUAAUAGAUCUCUUGAUCUACAUCAACUAUUGAUAGAUAGUUUAAUACCACCAUCUCCUAUACAACGAACCCGAGGAAGCGAGCUCCAUAUCAAUACUGAUAGAAUCAUGAAACUGGUGCUUACGGUCCUAGCUUUGUGGGGUGCAAAAGCACUCUACAACAAGACAUAA